UCCUCUGACUGUGGCGUCUGGGGGUGGAGCUGAUGUAGGACUGGCCAACUGCAUGUUUGCUGUGUUGCUGUAACGGUGAGUUUCGGUUUCCAUUUUGUGUGCAAGGUACUUCUGGCUGGAAGUUUGGGUCUCAUUACAUAAAUGCACGGUGCACAACACUGAGGACAGCUGGACCAGCAAGGACUCCCUGUUCCCGAGGCCUGAGCCUCAGCAGCAGACCUGAAGACCCUCUCAUGCUGUGUUUGAAAACUCAGGACAGCUGAGACUCGGGCUAAAGCAAAACCUCCCACCUGACAAUGCCAUGGCGAGCAGUGAUGAAGACGAACAGGGAGGCGAUGGAUCUGUGGUCCAAGAUGACAACAGCUGCAUAGCUGACAUCAUCGAGAACUUCCAGGACAUAGUGAACAUGGAGCACCUGCAGUCUCUGCUGAUACCAACGCCUGGAGGGCAUUUUUGUCCAAGAUGGAAUUGUCCAGCAGUCCAAGUGGAUCCAGCCAUUCUAGUCCAUUUCACGGACCCGCAGGCUGCCUGUCCUCAUCACGUGACAAUUACAGUUACAGCGAGGAGACACACGUGCUAGAUGAAGCCCUGGCCAAUUAUUACAUAGACCUGUACACAGACCCAGAGGAUGAAGCCCACCAAGCAGAGCGGCAGGCGAGGGAGAGGUUUUUGAGGGAGUUUCCGCAGGUGAAAGUGCAGCUGGAGGAGAUCAUAGCAAAGCUGCACACCCUGGCAGACAGGGUGGACAAGGUACACUGGGACUGCACCAUCACCAACAUGGUGGCUGCCUCCAUUGGGGCCGUCUCUGACAUCCUGAACAUGGUUGGCCUGGCUCUGGCCCCUGUGACCGCAGGGGUCGGCAUGGCACUGAGGGCCAUGGGGAUGGGGUUUGGAGCAGCAGCCGCAGUGGCUGGUGCCUCCACUGCCAUCGUGGAGCAUGUAACCAGGGCAUCAACAGUAGCCGAAGCCAGCCGCCUCACAUGGAGCAGCAUCAAUCAAGUAGAGCUGAUCACAGAAACUGUGGUUCAUGGUAUCCCCAAUGUCUUCAACAUAACCCGGAUGUCCAUUCAAGUCGUGGAUGUCAUCGGAAAGAACGUCCGUGCCAUCAAAAUUGCCGAGACCAAUACCCACCUGGUGCACAAUGCCAAGUGCCUCAUGACUGCAGGGAAGAUCUCAGCCCGUAGCACUAGGAAGGUGCAGCAAGCCUUUGGGGGCACUGCUCUGGCCAUGACAAAUGGAGCUCGAAUUGCAGGUAUGGCCACUGCUGGCCUCUUCCUUCUGAAAGAUGUGUUCAGACUUGUCCAAGGUUCAGUGCACUUGCACCAAGGAGCCAAAUCCGAGUUGGCUCAAGGACUGCGGCAGUGGGCUCAGCAGCUGGAAGAGUAUUUGGCACAGCUCAUGGUGAUCUACAGGAGCCUGCAGUGGGAGCAGCUGAGUGAGCCUGGACCAAGAGCUAUUGCACUGACCUGAGCGCAGCAAGCAGACACAUUUUCCAUGAGGGACAAAGAGGCUCAGACAAAAUGGUCCAGGAACAGGGCUGAGGGGCAGAGUGAGGCAGUGAAAGAGGACAUAUUCACACCACGAAAGUAUCCAUCAGACACACAGAGAGCUCUGAGUCUUCCAGGAACGGCAGUUGUCAUACAAUGUGAAGGCAUUAAGUACAGGAAGCCCCUACCCUGCUCAUGCCCCAGCUGGCCUUCAGUCUCUGCAUUUCCACAUGGAGUAUUGGCUCACAUGACAGGAUCAAGCACAGUCCUCGAGGAGCCAGGGUGUGCAAAAUUAUCUCAGAACAUUCCCCCACGUCCCUCUUAAAUACAUCCAGGGCUUGCAAGUUCCUUUGCUGCUCAUGAUCCUGUGGAAGGCUUGUCUCAGCCCACCUCACUGCCCCACCCCCAGGAGCUGGUUCGACAGUGGGCACUUCCAUUCCCUCCUGACAAUUCAACAGCUCUAAGGCCAUCUGAACAAUGCACUCAUUUCUAUGUAUAUUCUGCAUCAACUCUUGGGUACUACUUAGUUCGUGGCCUUUGUGAGGACACUGAGUGAUGGAAUUACUCAAGAAUUCAGCAGCAGGGUUGGCACUGUGGUGUAGCAUGUGAAGCUGCUGCCUGCAUCACACACAUUUCAUACAGGCUCUAGUUUGAAUCCUGGCUGCUCC